AAAGAAGUGUUUUUGAAAAAUGAGUGAAAUAGAAAAAGUAGUUUAUCCCUCAUAUCGUCGACGCUCUCACAAGUUUCAGCUAUAGCCCAAGAUUCUCAGUCCUCAGACAAAUAAAGAAAGAGAGAGAUUGGAUUUGGGGUUUUGAAUUGAUUCUGAACCCGCUUGAGCUUAUUUUAUUUUUCUCUCUUAGCAAAAUAGCGCUUCAACCCAACAAAUCGGUGAGGCUCAAGACGUGAGAUUUUAAAUGAGAGUUAGAGUGGAGUAGACAUGAAUCGAACUCGGGACUUCUUACUUUGAUACCAUGUUAAACUACCGUGUAUCAGUAAUUUAUCUCUUACCAAUAUGCUGCAGACUAGAUGAUUUGCUUGACUGUAUCUUCUCUUUCAGGUUAAGUUUCUGGAGCAACGUGUUUCUAGUUGUCAUUAUGGUAAUAGGCACCUUGGUUCAAGGUUUCUGUGGCAAACUUAGCAAGUGAUAUUAUUUUUAUGGUCAUUGUUCCUCAAAUACUAAAAUGUGGAGUUUUGCAUCCAAUUGCAUAGCUGGAAAUAUUGGACUGAAAAAUGACUCUAUUAACCAAACCCAAGCUGCUUCUGAAUGCUCUGAUGAUGAGGCUUCUUCUAUUGCUAGCAGAGAGGAAGGACUAGAGUGCCCAAUAUGCUGGGAAUCCUUUAACAUCGUUGAAAAUGUACCGUAUGUCUUAUGGUGUGGCCAUACCCUUUGUAAAAAUUGCAUUCUGGGACUGCAAUGGGCUGUUGUGAAAUUUCCCACUCUACCAAUUCAGCUUCCACUCUUUAUCUCCUGCCCAUGGUGCAAUCUCUUAUCCUUCCGUCUGGUUUACAGGGGAAAUCUCAAGUUUCCUCGCAAGAAUUACUUUCUUCUCUGGAUGGUUGAGAGCAUGCAUGGUGACAGAGUGAAGUCUCAUUCUUCCUUCACUAGGGAUCAACAAUCACUCUGGCCUACAAAUGGAAAUUUGCCAAUGGGAGGUCAAGUAAGCAAUGGUAACCUCAGGAGGGGACAAUAUAUUCGUCAUCCUGAGCCACCAGGAUCCCACCAUGACCAUGGUCGUCUCAGUAAUUAUCUCAGUGUGGAGACGUUACACUCUUCCCUUCGGAAGUCGCUGAUUUUCUUUGUUCAUUUGACGGCUAAAUUCCCAUUGGUUGUUAUAUUUCUUCUGAUCGUCCUCUAUGCAAUACCUGCUAGUGCAGCCAUCUUGGCUUUGUACAUACUUGUCACAGUUCUGUUUGCUCUCCCGUCAUUUCUCGUUCUGUACUUUGCAUAUCCUAGUCUGGAUUGGCUUGUGAGAGAAAUCAUCACUUGAGAUGCUAUUCGGGGUUUGCAAGUGCUGUGAAUAGAUGUUUGCUCCUAUAAAAAUGCAUCCUCUCUAUCCAAAGAACCACGAAACUUAUAAUUUGACGACUUUCCACUGUAAGGCUGCCCCAAUGCUUCCCUUUGAAAGACACUCAAUGUCAGUACCAUUCAAGACUUUCAUUUUCAGAUUCAUUUUUAGUGCUUUUAGAAACUGGCUGGUAUGAUGGCUGUGAUAUUAAUUACUGAAAUUUUAUAGUGUUGGUGCAUCCAAUUCUUGAAGUGAAUUUUCAUUUUCCUAGACAUAGUUGGAUUGUGGAUAUCCUAAGGUUAUUUAUACAGUUGUAAUAGGUAAUUAGCAUGAAGACCAUAUAUGAAGAGCUUGGGUGUUUGUUUGUAUGGAAUAUUUGUUAUGUAAUUUAAUUAUAGUUGGUUGAUGAUAGAUUUGGGAUCAAGCAACUUAAUAUUGGUUUAUGUCCUCUUUAUAAUUAUUUGUUUAAGUCACAGGCAGAGUUCUUUGCAUUUUACACCUCCUGAAUGACUUUGUGGCUGUAGAUGAUAGCUUACUGGAUUUGUUUGUGUUCUUGUCUUGUUUGAUUUGUUGUAUUCAACUUUCUGUCUGGUCAAAUAGAGGAUCAGUUUGUAGAAAGUUUGAAAUUAGUUUGUAUUAUGAUCUUUUGAGAGGGUCCAGAGGAGUUCUAUUCCUUAGAGGAGCAUUUGGGGUGCUAAGGUGCCUCAGAAGGUUGCUUCUUCUUUUCUUUUAUUUUCUCUUUUCCUGUUUUACUUGCUGUUAUAUUGGGCAAAUCACCGAGGGUCUACAGUGGACAAUCUUUGAAAACAAGGUCUUGUGAUUGUUGACUAGUGUUGUAUGUGCAAGAAUAGAGGGGAGUCCAUAGAGCACCUUCUACUUCAUAGCAUAGGUCAGUGGCUCAGGAUAUUUGGUCAUUUGUGUGUACUUUAUUCAGGGUGGUUUGGGCUAUGCCGGAGACUGCAAUGGAUGCUAGAAUGUUUGCUAGGAAGAUUUUAUUGUAACAUAAGUUCCAAGAAAUGGAAAGCUGUAUCAAUGAGUAUUGUGAACAAUUUAGUGAGAGAUGAACAGUUGAACUUUUGAUGGGGUUGAAUUUUUAAAUCAUGUUCUUAAGCAAUUUGCUUUAAGAUCUUUGUUUGAUUUGAAUCAUUUGAUGACUACCUUGGGUAGGAACCCUGUAUCUUCUUUUCUGGAGUUUUUAGAUCAUUUAAUUCUUAAGAUUAUAGUUUCUUAAGAGUGGUUUAUUGCAUAUUUUGUGCAUUUGCCCUAGCUCCUCUCAAAUGAAAUUAUUUUACUUUUCAAAAAGAAAAAAAGAAAAAGAAAAUAGAGGUCAUGGUGGAUGUUGUAAAACUGGAUUUAUGAAAUUUGAAGUUGCGACAGGUAAAGCUGUUCUGAUGAUUCUAUAGUUUUGUUUUUUAGUUGCUGUAUUUUAUGUCUGGUUAGUCUGAGCAAGAUUGGUUCAUUAAAAAUUUGCAGCAGUGUAACAACAUUUCCCUUGAACAGCUUGUCUAUUGAACAGUGUGUAAUUUUGACCAUGGUUCUUCAACUAGCUCUGGUGUGGGGAAAAGGUCAUAUAUAUCCAUUGUAUAAAUCUGGUAAUUCCUUGAAUUCAGGAAUGAGCUGUAUUAGUGGAGGCCAUGAAUAUUGUGGCUAGCACAGUGCUACAUCUUGACCCUGUUUUUUUGCCUAAUAAGAAGCUUUAUUCUUAUUCCAUAAUCAAAGCGGGAAUACUACUCAUCUCCGUCUCCGUCUCCGUCUGAGGUGCCCAAAACGGAAAGUUACAAUCACAAGCCCAACUAGCAAGAGAAGGAAAUUAUAAAAA